UCUCUUCUCAAUUAAUUACCAUCAUAGUUAAUUAGCCAUGAACAACUCCUCUCACUUGUUCUUCUACGUACUUCUUCUCAGCUUCAUUCUCACCACCUUGUUAGCAAAAGGCACUGAUCUCGCAUCAUUGCUUGCAUUCAAGAAUGGAGUAACAUCUGAUCCCACUGGAGCUCUGACUUCAUGGAAUGAGACUGUUCAUUUCUGCAACUGGACUGGUGUUUCAUGCUCUCAAAAGCACAAAAACAGAGUAACUGCCAUAGAACUCCAUAUGCUAGGCCUUGGGGGCUUCAUAUCACCCUCCAUUGCCAACCUGAGCUUCAUGCAAUCAGUUGAGCUCUCUGUCAAUGGGUUCUCCAGCGAGGUUCCACCCGAGUUUGGUCGCCUUCACCGGCUCCGGUAUCUAAACCUCAGCUUCAAUGCACUUUAUGGUACUGUCCCUGUGAGCUUGACCAACUGCUCUCAACUCAGAAUUCUCAGCUUGUUUUCAAACCAGCUCACUGGCUCUAUUCCUGUUGAGUUUGGUGGUGAAGCUUUCCCUCAUCUUGAGAUGUUGGUUCUAGCUAAUAAUAGUUUAACUGGAGCCAUUCCUUCAUCCAUUGGGAACCUUUCUUCUCUUACUCUACUCUCUUUCGCGUUGAAUAAUUUACAAGGAAUUAUACCUGAUGAAGUUGGCAGGCUUUCAAACUUGGUGACUUUUCAAAUGGCUGCCAAUUUUCUCUCUGGGACUAUCCCUCCAGCACUAUUCAAUAUUUCAUCUUUGGAUUUUUUUAGUGUUGCCAGUAACCAGCUCCAUGGCACACUACCUUCUGGUUUUGGUCUCAAACUUCCUGUAUUCACAACACUCCUCAUGGGGGUUAACAAUCUCAGUGGAACCAUCCCUGCUUCACUGGUCAAUGCUUCUAUGCUUCAGAUGAUUGACUUUUCAGAAAACCAGUUCAGUGGGACAGUGCCCCCAGUUUUUGGAGCCAUGCAUGAUCUGUUUUUUCUCAAUUUGGAAAAAAAUCAGUUUGAAGCCAGUGAUGCCAAACACUUAACUUUCAUUGAUUCCUUGGUUAAUUGCAGCAACUUGAAGUUUUUCUCAACUGCAUACAAUGAUCUUGGAGGUGUGUUGCCUCUAUCACUAGCCAACUUCUCCAUGGAGGUGAGGCUUUUAUUAAUGGAUAUAAAUUAUUUUUCAGGGAUCAUUCCUCCUGGAAUUGAAAAUUUAAUCAGUUUAAAUAGCUUGGAUUUUAGUGGUAAUUUCCUCACAGGCCAAAUUCCAGAGAACAUAGGAAAGCUGACCAUGUUACACAUUCUGGGUUUUGGAGACAACAAUCUCACAGGUAACAUUCCAUCCAGCAUUGGCAAUUUAACUCAGUUGUCACAGAUCUAUUUAUCUGGGAAUAGACUUGAAGGAACCAUACCUACUACUCUGAAAACUCUUCAACAAAUAAGAACACUCUUCCUCUUUAACAACAGAUUUAGUGGGAGAAUACCCGGAGAAAUCUUAAGGCAAUUCAUUUCACUUCAAGUUCUUGAUUUAAGUGAAAACUUUUUUAACGGAACUCUUCCUUCAGAGAUUGGAAGCUUAAUAAAUCUUCAACAAUUGCUAUUGAAUGGGAAUAGGUUGUCUGGUGAAAUCCCUGUGACUAUAAGUGGAUGUGCAAUCUUAGAACAUCUGAACUUGCAAGGUAAUCUCUUCACUGGAUCCAUUCCUUCAUCUCUGGGCAAUGUAAAAGGUCUCAGAAAUCUAAACCUUUCCAACAAUAGCUUGUCAGGAGGUAUUCCUUCAUCUUUUAGCAACUUGAAGUUCCUUGAGACACUCAGUCUCUCAAACAAUAACUUAUCAGGGUCUAUCCCCGAGUUCCUGCAAGACUUCAAGUACCUCUCUGUUUUGGACCUUUCUCACAAUGACUUCAAUGGUGAAGUUCCUGUGAAAGGUGUCUUUGCCAAUUCAUCUGCAAUAUUUUCACUUGUCGGAAAUGGUGAGCUUUGUGGAGGUGUCCCACAACUUCACUUACCCGUGUGUCCUUCCAAGCCUGUUGAGAAAAGAAGCAGAGUAUCUCUAGUGCUGAAGAUUGUAAUCCCAAUUGCUUCCUCUGUGUUGUGUCUUGUCUUGAUCUCAAUAUCACUCUCGGUUAUUCUUCGACGGAGACGAGAAUCAAGAACAAGAACAAAGUCCCCACCACCCUCCGCUGUUCCCUUUGAAGAGUUUCCAAGAGUUUCAUACAAUGAUUUGGCCAGAGCAACUGAUGGUUUCUCUCCCAGGAAUCUGAUAGGCAAGGGGAAGCAUGGCUCUGUUUAUAAAGGAACUCUUCAUGGCAACACCACCAUGCUAGUAGCCAUUAAAGUCUUCAACCUUGACACAAGAGGUGCUUCCAAGAGUUUUCUCUCUGAAUGUGAAUCACUUCGAAGCAUCAGACACCGAAAUCUCAUCCACAUCAUCACAUCAUGCGUGAGCACUGAUUCAGAAGGCCGUGAUUUCAAAGCUCUGGUUCUUAGCUUGAUGCCAAAUGGAAGCCUGGACUCAUGGUUACAUCCGGAGGAUGAGACGCAAGAACAAAAAAGUCCUCUGACAUUGAUUCAAAGAUUAAAUGUAGCCGUUGAUGUUGCAGAUGCUUUGGAGUAUCUUCAUCACUCUUGCCAACCUGCAGUUGUUCACUGUGAUCUGAAGCCAAGCAACGUCCUCUUGGAUGAUGACAUGAAUGCUCAUGUUGGAGAUUUUGGCCUUGCAAAGGUCCUCAUGAACGGCAACUCUUUGCAGAGCUCCACCAUCUCAACAGGGAUCAAAGGAACCAUUGGAUAUGUACCUCCAGAGUAUGGUUUAGGGAGUGAGGUGUCCACCAUGGGAGAUGUAUAUAGCUAUGGGAUUCUUCUUCUGGAGUUGUUCACAGGAAAGAGACCAGUUGACGAGAGGUUCAUUGAUGGUUUGACAAUGAGAAAGUUUGUGGAGAUUCAUCAUGCUUCUCCUGAGAGAAUCAUGGAGAUUGUCGAUCCAUCAAUGUUUGCACAAGAUGAUGAUGAUGAUGAUAUUGAGUAUGGAGAGGAAGCCGUGGCAAAACGCCUAAGAGAGUGCUUGGUCUCUGUUGCAGCUUUGGGUCUUGCAUGCUCUGUUGAAUCUCCAAAUGAGAGGCUUAACAUGAGUGGUGUUGCAGGCCAAAUGCAUGCAGUUAGGAAUGUGUUCCUUCAAGUUGGAGUUCAUGGAAGUAGAGAAAUAGUUCAUAAGAAAUGAUUAUACUCAUCAAAUAGAUGCACGCAUUGCCUGCAUGUAGUUUUCUGCUUAAGGCUUCGAAUAUUGAUUAAGUAUAAAAUGUUUCAGGAAAUAUAUAUAUAUAUAUAUAUAUAUUAC